GCUCCAGCCCCGCUUUAAACGGCAGCUGAGCGCUGAGCGGACAUGGACACAUCCGAACUUUAACUUUCAGGUCUUUCUCCUCUCUUGCCCACGCUCCUCUCCUCUCUUGUCCUCCCUUUCCGUCUCCCGCUGAGCUGAGCUCCGAGUGAGAAGCUGCGCUGGCAGCUGCCGUCUCAUGGAAAUCUAAUUUUGCUCUAAUUUUCGGUCAGUCGCUCAGGUCUGUGGAGGCUAUUGUCGUUUCGCUGCUCCCUUGGUUUUAAUGGUUCACUCAUGCGUCGGGAAUGCCAUGGCCACUCCGAGCGCACAGCAACAGGAUUAUUUCAGAUCGGUGAGCAGCGAAUCAACCACCUACAUGAUGGUCCCGGCAGGCGGGCCGAACGCGGCAGCGCGCCGGGAAACGCCGUCCAAGAUGUGGGUGGCUAUGGUGGUGAUAGUGGUGGUGGUGUUGCAGAUUGCUUCGACCACGGGACUCUUUGUCUACCUGAAUAUGUCGAUAUCACAGGUGCGUAGCCAGGGAGUGACAGAGGAGUUAAAAUGCCUGAGUUUACUAAAUGCUCUGGAUAAGGACCAGGACAUCCCAGAUCAGCUGGCCCAGCUCUUCGGCGAACCCUGCAUCAAACUGGCCGAAGGCAUCAAAGCUUACAUCUCCAAGGUGGCAGAUAGCAUCAUCUCAAAGCGCAUCUUCACUGAGGCGAGAACCAUGCCUCACAAUUUCAACAACUCAGGGUCAAAGUUUAUGAGCCCCGUGACCCAGAGGCCAUCUGCCCACUUGACCCUCAGAGACGCCAGUUCUCAAGGGUUUUCUUCCUCCCUGAGCACCAUGCCUGGUCUUCAUCAGUCCUGCCGUCAUUUGGUCCGCUCAUGGGCCAAUCAGAGCCUAGGAGCUCACCUGCACAACAUGACCCUGUCUAAUGGGAAGCUCCGAGUGCCCCAAGAUGGGAGGUACUAUCUGUACUCACAGGUGUAUUUCCGUUAUCCAUCCCCAUCUGCAAAUGAGGGGGACCAGCGCAGCGUCAGCCACCAACUGGUGCAGUGCGUCUACAAGAAAACUUCCUACCCAAGCCCCAUACAGCUCCUGAAAGGUGUGGGAACCAAGUGCUGGGCUCCAGACGCUGAGUACGCCCUACACUCCGUUUACCAGGGAGGACUUUUUGAACUGAGGGCCGGUGACGAGAUCUUCGUCUCUGUCUCUUCCCCCACCAUGGUAAAUGCAGAAGAAUCUGCUAGCUACUUUGGCGCCUUCCGUCUGGACCUCUGAGAGAAAAGGAUUGGAGAAAAAAAAGAAGAGAUGGGACAAUGGAUGGAUAAACAGAUGGGUUGGAGAGCUUGGGGCCUUUUGAAUAUCCAUUGACUGGGGGGGGGGGGAAAUGGUCCUAUAGACAGAAGAAGAGAUGGAGGUCUGGAUCUUCAGUGUUUGCUUGGGCAGAUGCACUGAAGGAUGGAAGAACUGGGGUUUGAAAGAUCUACAUGGGUGAAGAAUGCUGCAGGAGGAUAGUGGAUUUGCCUUUCCUACUCUCUUGAUUAAGAGAAAGCAAGACUUCAAGAUAAAAGACAUGUGCAAUUAUGAAAAAUAAAUAAAUGUGAGGACUUUGAUUUACAGUUGAUUCUUAAGGGGGAAUUUGCCACAGGAAAAAAAUAAGAUCACAACCUUCUAGAUGAAGUUCCGAAAUUAGUCCACCAUGCUAUCUAGAUCUCGAUAUAACACGACCCUACAUGUGUGAAUAUGUCAGUGACCUUUUUAUGGGAAAAAAUUAAACCCUUGGUUUGGAUUUGAAGAAUUUACAAAAAAUAAAAACUUUACUCUCUACAUCAACGGCUGCAGAAGAAAAUGAAACAAUCAAACCAAAGCAAAAACUUCUUUUUUAAGUGUGCGAUGGGAGUUCUGUACAUAUGUAUGGCUGAGAAUGAGAUUUACACAAUGGACUGUGGUGAUUUUAAAAGUAAUUCGUUUUUAUUUUACCUUUGACUGGACUUAAAACCACUUGGGGAAUCUAAAGACUUCCUACUCGCGAAACACUAAAACUGUGGAUUUUAUGUAAAGACCUUUAGUGGAGGAAGAGGAUUGCCUCUGUGACAAACUGUAGAAAGAGCCAAGAGCUUUUUGAAGAGGAGUCUGCAAGCCAAGAAGAAGUGAAAACAAGGAGGGAGAAAUCUUGAUAAGAAUUAGCCCGGCACUGAAAGAUUAAAGGACAGAGAGAUGCUGUGGGUAGUAUGCAGCCUGACCACUCUGCGUGGUUGAUGUCUCUUCUUUCUCUUUCCCUUGAUUCCUUCUCUUAUCUUUUCAUGUUAACUAUUUUAUCUAUCUUGUCGAACCUGUGAAGCUGCAUUAUAUUUGAGUUCAUGGAGCAGUUAUGCAACCAACCACAAAGCAACAAUGUGAGAAGAAGAUGACAGAAACACAUGCAAAUAGUCUAGUUGCACAAUCACAGAGAGCAUGGAUUAAAGUGACAUUUAGGUUGGGUUACAUGGAGUUGUUGUUUUCACUGCAAUGAUCAUUGGUUCCAUAAUAUAAAAAUCUCAUUUUGGAUACAUGGAGUUAACAUAGUUAUUGGUGUAUUGCAUUAUCUUUCCAGGGUAGUAGCUCAACUUGAACAUGGCAAAUUGUGCACUUACCUAAAACGACUGCAGCAUUUAGUAAAAGGACUGGUUCUUAUAUAGUGCACUCAAAGCGGUUCAUACAGCUUGCCUCAUUCACCCAUUCACAUGAGCACUUUUUUCUAUGCUUUCUUUCACUGUAAUUGUUGGUCUAGCUUCUGCAUUUGGGGAAAGUUUAAAACCUGUCAAGCCUCUAGCAAUGUCAAUGCUUCAGUUAAAAAAAGAAAAAUCCUCUAGUAUAGUAGCUAACACAGAGAAGGUGGAGAUCCCUGGGAGGGUUGCAACAGGAAGGGCAUCCAGCCUAAAAAUCUGUGCCAAAUCAAAUAUGUGGAUGCAUCCGCUGUGGCGACUCGUUUUAAAUAAAGGAACAGCCAAUAAAAGCUUUCUCUGUGCUAGCUAGAGUGGAACAUAUUGUCCUUCUACUUGCUGAAAAAUGAUUGGUGCUAAACAUUUUAACCACCAUCUGGACACUCAGAAUGCAAAAAAUCCACACCUUAAGCAAGAACAUGGGUUUAGCAUAAAAACUCAAAGGAACAUUUUGAUAGUUUGAAUACACAGUCACCCACUGGUUUGUGGACAUUCUCGAGCUUUGAGUUUAGCAUUGUGGUGGUCGGUAUCUUUAGCUUGCGUCUGCAAACAUUUACUCAUCAGGACAUUAUUUACUGAGGUCAGACGUCAUGUGAGAUAAUUUUCCUACUGACUUCUACAUGAUCAGACCUGUUUCUGCAACAAGAGAUUUGCCCCCUGCUGGUUAUGAGAACGACUACAAAUGUAAAGCACUUGACUUGGCAAAAAGGCUGGUUUUUAAGCAGCCUGUGCCCAUGUUAAGGGAAGAUAAACAAUACUUUCAUUAUGUAACCUCAGCUAUGUUAUUAUUGUAGACGUCAGUGACAGUGAAAGAAAUAGGGUAUGGAAACUAAUUUAAUGCAUCGGUGCUGAAAUUGUUUGUUCAGAAACACAAACAGCUGACUAAAAUUGGCUGACAGUCACUUAGUAACACUGGUGCAUACACAUAACAAUUGCAAACAUUAUGAGCAGUUCAGAAACUGUAUUCUCAAACACACUCAGAUGCUACAAAUCUGAAACACAGGAUCCCACACCAAGUCAAGCGAACAAAGACCCAAGAUUUGGAACGAGUGAGAGAGGAUAUUUGCAGACAUAAACCAUCCACCGCCUAGCACAGACACAACCCCUACAUGCUUUUUUCUCUGUGUGCACAUAAAAAAAGUACACACAUCACCUCACACUACAUCCAGGCUAGCCUGUGCUAUGUAGACACACACAUCAUCCAAUGUCACAUCCAGCGUGAAGACAUAUGCCCUGAUUAAUCUGGGCUGUCUAGCCUCCCUGUGCCAUCUGGUAAUUGUCAGUGAUCUGGCAUACAGCGAGGGUGCGCACAGGCAUGCUAUGAAAACACAGCAACAGAGCUGGUUUAUUUUCUGCUCAAAUCACAAAAUUAAAGGCAAAUCUCAUAUUGCAUUAAAUUACUGUUUUAAGCUCAAUUUUUUGCUGGGUGGCACGCACCUGCACAUGUUUCUGUUGCUCUAACGCUCCCUGUGUGAAGUCAAGUUAUAUUCACGUUAAAAUAAUAAAUGGUAACUUCAACAAUUAUGCAACAUGUGCAAUAAUAUUAUAACUGUAAAUCUCUAUACCACAUAUACAAAGUUUUCCUACCUUUUGCAGUUUAAAUGGUUAUUUUUUUGAGUGAAAAAAACAAACAAACAGAGAAACACCUUUUCAUCUGGUGAUUUAGGUGUAGGUCAGCCAUUAACCAAGAUUUGGUAGUAUCUUGGUUUGAUGUGGAAAGGUAUUUGUGGUAAAGCUAAAAUUUUACUUUCUGCCAACUAAACUGUUAGCCAGACACAAAAACCUGUGUGAUUGCUUUGGUUGCUAGCAAAUUACUGAAGUUGCCGAUAAUUUGCAGGAAAGUUGUAGAAUUAUCUGCAAAGAUGUUCCAAACCUUAGUAAAACUUAAAAAUAUACAAUUCAAAACAGAAAUCUAGAAAGUUAACUAAGUAAAUGUUGUGCUUUGCUGCUAUAAUCAAUGCGUUUCAAAAGAUGCACCUUUUACUUUGAUGGAGAACUGUCUUCAUGUUGUACUUUCCUUAUUUCAUUGUCUUUUGGUGACUAAUUGGCGAGGGUUUGUAGACAAGUCAGUGUUUCUCAUGCAACAGCAGCAAUCUGCUAACAAGGUUUUUGGUGCAACAUCCUCUUGGUAGCCAGUUUCACAUAGUGACUACCAGUAACCUCCAUUAAUCACUCAAUAACAUACUGGGGACUUCACACUUUUACUUGUUGCUGCCACAGCAGUCAUUCUCUAGGCCUGUAUGACUGGGGUGUAGCUGGCAAUAGCUAGUAGAUAAUUAGCUUAGAUUAGCAUAGGUAUCAGAAACAGUAGAAUUGAUAAGAAGAAACAUUGAAACAAAUGUUUACUAGUAGCAGCUUUAUUAAAUUCACAGUAUAGAAGACAGGCUAUUUGUGAGCAAUUAGUGAGCAUUGGGAAAAGUCGUGGUAAUGGCUUCCAUGUUUAUUUUUUGGGCUAUGCUAGGCUAACUUAGCUUUUACAAUUUGCAGGUAAAAACAAUGUUACAAAUUUGCUCCAGAUUUAAUAGAAAUGAUUAUAAAAUAACACAUUUCAGCAUUUAGCUGUGUUGGGGUCGCUGAACAUAGUGAUUUAGUGAUUUAAAAUGUUUCACAAUGUGUCACAGAGUCACAAGAUAAUAACUGAGAAGUUUAUGUCAUGUAAAGUAACUUUUCCAUCCAUAAAUAAUUGUCCUCUGAGAUGUAUUCAUUACACUGAAGCCAAAGAUUUACAGAGAUCCAUAUGUGGCAAGUAAUUGGACAGUUGUUCUGUUAUGAUUUGAUUUACAGAUCAUUUCAUUACAUUUCUGUGUACACACUCGUUACUCCUGCUGGUUGGUUAAUUAGAUUUCUGAAGCUAAAAUGUUUUUCAUGUGUAGUACCCUGCAGAGUGAGUGUGUUCAUCUCUCAGCAUUUCACUUUCUGUUAGAUAAUGUAUAAAUAAGGACACAUGCUGCUUAAGUUUAUCAUUUAAAAACAUAAAACAUAAGCUUGUCAGCACACUGUGGGGUAAUGUCACAACAAAUCAUCCAAGUAACUCUAAACAUCUACAUCAGAUGGUGUUUGGUGGGGGUGAAAUAAAUCCAAGUCAUUGGAUUUUACUAGGCUGAUGAGCAACAAAAAGAAGUCAGAUUGUAUGGAGGCCAAUGAGCAAAAGGUCUAACUUUUUAACUUAUCUGCAGCCACUCUACCACAUUGCUGAUGUGUUUAUGGUCUCAAUUACUACUUCUAAGCCUUACUAAAUACAAAAUUGUUGCUAUUAUAUUGGCAAGAUUGAAAGUAUAGUGCAUGAGAAAGCGAGAGCAUAAAGUUAAAUUGAUGAGGCAACUUAAAGUAAAACCAAAGUUUAUCAUAUGUAAAUGCUGCUCAUCCAGCAGAUGAUAAUUAGAAGGGUCGUAUUGUGAGAUAGCAAGAGUACAAAUAUAUGUGUGGUCUGCUGUGAAUCCAACACGUGUUUGGUUAAAUCUGUUGGAUUGUGAAUGAUAAAACAUCACCACCCAGCGAUGUUUAGCUUUGUAGUUCAGUUUUUAUUAUUGAGCAAGGCCUGUUUUUGAUGUGUUUUGGUAAAAUAUUGCUUUUAGUUUGAAAUCAGAUCUUGUCUGUUUUCCUGUGCGUGUAUCUGUGUGUGUGUGUGUGUGUGUGUGUGUGUGUGUGUGGUUAUGCACAAAAAUGCACAAAAGUGGUUUUAGACAACAGUUGAAAGCAUUGCGCUUGAAACUGCCAGACCGCGAGUCAGACAAAUUGUCCAUCUCUUGCUCUCUACAAGACCUGGAAAGAGAAACUAAGCCAUCACCGUGGGGCACUCUAAAAUCUAGACCUCAUGUAAGUCAGCGUUGAGAUCUUUUCCAGUUAUGCUCUGUUUUGAGCUUCCAUCCAAGAUUCAUGCUGUGUUUAUAUUUUGCAAGCAGCGUAGCUUGUGGAAUAUAGAUAUAUAUUUUAAAGGGGAGGGCUUCACGAGUCCAGCUUCAGUUUGACAAACUGGGUGUCCAAACACAACAGCUUCUCCAGUCUUGGCUUUACACGGGGUGGGAAAAACACCACCUUCAAGCUCCUGUUUUGAUCCCGGUGAGGAUGUAGCUGUAUUUAAAGGUCUGAGGUCGUGAUUCCCCGACAAAAUAAACCAUUUGGACACUAAUAAACAAGCUGAAUGCAUCCUUUCUCAUAAAACACACACUGAGAGCCAAAUUUUGGAAGAACUUGAAGCAUACAUUUUAAAUUCAUAGCAACCAUCUACCUUACAUAUCUUAACAUGUUACCAUAAUGAUUUUGCACAGAACUACAAGUGAGACCAUUAUAUGUUAUAAUUUGACCACAGUUCCUGCCAGUUAGCUAAUUUUCUAUGGUUCAAGUUGUUCCCCAGGUGCAACCCAGCCAUUAUAUUUGGUUUCAACACCAGCUCUAAGAAACAUCUGUUGAUAAUUACAUAGCUGCAUGUUGCAGGACACUUAAAGAAAUAAUCAAAUUUAAGUCUAUUUAACAGCUCGAGUGACUGGCAGAUUUUGAAAUACACCCCCAAAUGUUGGUGGAGUACCACAUGCACAGCAAAUAUGCGGCAGUGCUCUGUUGGCACCGACAUGAAACAACUCUAUCAACUCACCAGGACCAGAUUAGUUUUCCUUUUGCCAUUUUUUGCAGGGAACUGACACAAUGAUAAAUACUGUUUUGUAUUAUUUGGCAAAUUUAUUGAACACAGCAACUGAAGAGGACAAACACAACCAGAUCCCCCAAAUGUCUUUAUAUCUGCACAGGCGCACUUGUCAGAACGCAAACAUUUAUAUUCUAUUGCAAGCACUGAAACAGCCCUCGAGGAGGCGAGGACAGGCAAAUUUCCCCCACUGCAGAGGAUUGACACUGUGUACAUAUUUGAAUAUCUUACAAACAAAAGACAAUCACUGUUACGCAAGAAGUCGAACAUAUGCCAAACAAUCAUCUGAAAACAGCAGAGUGCUUUUUUUAAAUUGCUGCUUCUAUUUCUGACUUUGAUGUGUACCGCUAUGCAGAUUUAUAUCAGUUGUCACUAAGCAGCACCGCUUGCAUAAUUAAACAUUAAAUGUUUUGCACAAAAGCAGAACAAAUGCUGUUUAUGCUUUGCCUGCAUGCCUGUGUUUUCCAAGGAUGUGAAACAAGCAAUCUCAUAAUCAGCUGGCUGCCUAAGCUUUGGUCCAAAACCUCACAUAUAAUUCUGUUCUUUCCAAAAAUGAACACAUUUCCUUUCCAAUGCUAGCUUAACUAAGACUACAAGAGUGAAUGUGCUUUGAAUUCCGGUGACCCACUCUACCACCAAAUUACACAUUUAGAAUUUUAGAAAGUAAACAACACUUUUACUAUUCAUGGCUCAGUAGAUAUGUAAAUUAGCCCCAACCUCACCUUUUGGCUCACGGAGGCUUCACUCAUUUACUCACUCACAAGAUUUCUUUGAACACAAACAAGAACAGCAUUAGACCCCACUGUGUGAAGAAAAUGCAGGGCUGAAUUUGUGAAUCAGACAGACCCAUAACAGAGAUAGUAUUCUGUUCCUGCCCGUCAGAGUAGAGAAAAAACUCCCUGAGCGCAUGAAAAUGUUUACAGUUCCUGUAGCAAACUAUCAUCACAAGCAAAGAAUUUAGGUGGAUUAGCACUAGUUGGAAACUUUUUAUUACAGUCACAGUAGCGUAUUGUAUUGUCCUCAAGUUGUCUACUGUGGUUUUCACUCCUUUUCUCCACUCUGCUUCACACACACAGUCUAGCAGAGGACAUACUCGGUGAAACAGAGAGCAACUUACACUGAGCUGAAAUGAAUCAAGUGCACAUAUACAACAUAAAUCGUAGACUUCAUUAUGAAACAGCUUCUAGUGUGUUGUUAGUGUUAGAUAAAGCUUGUUUCCAAUUCCCCACUCUGAUAAAUCAGCUACAUUGAUGAAUUGAUUUCUUAGGCUUGCAGCGUAUGAAGCUAUCACUGUCUGAAUCUGAGAUUAUGAGGUCACUGGUACACUACAGUCACGAGGUGGAGAUUUUCGUUCAUGAUUGUUUCUGCUCAUAUAUGUCUUCUAGUUUAUAAAAAAUGACAUGUUAAUACACUACAAACUGAUUCUGAUCACAGGGAUCAGUGAAACAAACAGUUCUCCAUUAAAGCGGUUUAUGAAUGUAGAUACUGUUCAACACAUAUCCUUUUGCUUUUCUUAAAAUCACAUUUGAUACCAACUGAAGAAUGUACAUGUAAAGUUCUGCUGAUUGCCUUGUGCCUUUUAAAAAAUAAUGCUCUUCUGUGUUAUUUUGUGCUCAAAUAAAGUGCCUACUGUCAAACAGGAA